ACUUGUGUUAUAGAGUCUUGAAGAUACGCAGUUUGUCAAGAGCUAUCACAAGUUAUAAAGAUCAAUUGAUUUUACUUAUACAAGAAGUUUGAUAGUACUAUGGCUUCCCCAAGAGCAAUUACCAGCAUUGGAAGGCUUGCACCUCGAUCUCCUCAAUGCUUACAAAAUAUGAGACAUUUAAGCAGUCUCAAAACGCCUGUUGACAUAAAAACUACUUGUAGGGUGUCACUGUUCAACAUCGACACACCAAACCGAAUGAGAAUAGUAAAUAACGGUCUCUCUAAUUGUUUUCAAAAUGUCCUUGGCAGUGGUAGUUUUGGAAAAGUUAUUCAGGCAGCUUAUAAAGGUGAUCAAGUCGCUGCUAAAAUACUUAGGCGGAGAAGGGAUAGCGAUAACUCAGUAAAUGGUGAAAGGCAUGCAACUUCUCUCAGACACGAUAAUAUUAUCAGAAUACUCGGUAUAGAGCAGGGCCCAGCAGCUUCGAUGAUCACAAUGGAAUUGUGUGGCAAAUCUUUACAAGAGAAACUUGACGAAGGGCCAUUAUACAGUAAAGAUCGUAUAGAAAUCUUCAUCGCGAUUGCUUGUGCUCUUCGAUUCUGUCACUGCGCUGGCGUGGUCCAUGCAGAUGUCAAACCAAAAAAUAUUCUCAUGGCUGGAGAUGGAAAGCCAAAAUUGGCUGACUUUGGUAGCUCUGUUCUUUUAGGCGAAGUGAAUGUGGUAGGAGGAAUUCGUGGUACACCUGGCUAUGUAGCGCCAGAAGUAAUUAGAGGUGAAUUACCAGGUCCUCUUUCGGAUGUGUAUUCUCUGGGUGUUUCAGCUUGGCAAAUGCUAAGUGGAAUUGUACCAUUUGCAGAAUUACAUCCGCAUACUAUUCUAUACCUUACCGGGAAGGGUGUGAAACCAGAGGAUGAAGGGCUCGAUGAUGAUUUUGGUGGAAGAUAUAAGUCAUUGUACAGAAAUAUGUUGUCGUUUGCAACUGCAGAUCGCUCCGGUAUAGAUGCAGUUAUAAGUGGACUUGAAAGUUUGGAGAGAGAAGUGUAAACAGGUAAAAAAUUUACAAGAAAAAAUAUUCUUAUUUAAAUUAGUUUUUACACUUGAAUGGUAAAAUUUGUAUACAUAUUUUCAUACAUAGUAUGACUAGCGUAUAAUUAUGUAUCUGGCAUAUCUCCACCGGGAACUAACUGCAAUUAGAAAGAAGAGAGAAAAUGGUCAGAUAUUAAUUUGUAAAUAUAAUAAAGAAAAGUUUUAAUAU